AUGGAAGUUUUUAGUAAAGUAGAAGUGAAUAUUCCCAUGCUGAAGGUGAUCAAACACAUUCCUAAGUAUGUAAAAUUUUUGAAGGAUUUAUGUAUUUACAAAAAGAAGCUCAAAGGUGUUGAGUUGGUAAAUGUAGGGGUGAGUGUUUCUGCAUUAUUUCAGUCUAUGCCACAGAAAUGUAAGGAUCCAAGGGUGUUCACUAUUCCAUGUGUGAUAGAGGAAAAUAGUUUUGAAGAUGCUAUGCUAGAUCUUGGAGCAUCUAUUAAUGUCAUGCUGAAAUUAGUAUUUCAAGCUCUUGGAAUUGGUCCUCUUCAAUUAACAGGGGUUGUGAUUCAAUUGGCAAACCAAAGUUUUACCCAUCCAGUAGGAGUGAUUGAAGAUGUGCUGGUCAAGGUUAAGGAGCUGAUUUUUCCUACAGAUUUUUAUGUUCUGGACAUGGAGGGUGAUACAUUGUCAAGUAGUGUACCAAUUAUUCUUGGGAGACCAUUUUUGAAAAUAGCAAAGACUAAGAUUGAUGUUCAUGUUGGAACUUUAUCGAUGGAAUUUGGAGAUACUGUGGUUCAGUAUAACAUCUUGGAAGCUAGGAGAUAUCUAAUGAAGGAUCAUUCUUUGCUGAGUAUUAAGUUGUUUGAUGAGUUGGAAGAUGGUUUAGUUAGUUAUUUGUUGGAGUUUGCUACCCUUUUUGAUGACUUUGAUGAAGAGCCGGAUGUAGAUGACGGUGACUAUUUUGAGCAUAGUGAUUUUGUUCUAGAAACCAAAGAGUAUGAGGAAGUUAGUAUGAUUGAGCUAGAAUCUGAAAAAAUACUUCCUUCUAUUUUUCAACCACCAAAGUUGGAAUUGAAGGUUCUUCCGAGUCAUUUGAAGUAUGCUUACUUGAGUAAAUAA